AUGGCACCCACAAAUCCCGACAACAGCCACAUCGUCGAUGAUGACGGUAAGGGCAAAGACGUUGAGCCUCAGUUCUUUGAGGACGAGAACCCUGAGAAGCCCAUUCCCAAGACGAGUGGGAAGAUUGACUACUCUGGUGCUCAUGAGAAAACCGACCCCAAGGAGAUUGCACUUGUAAAGAAGCUGGACCGAUGGAUCAUGUACCUCGAUCGCAAUGCGAUUGCGCUGGCGCGUCUCAAUGACCUCGAAGAAGAUCUGAACCUCACCAGUACCCAAUACCAAACUUGCGUUUCCAUCCUCUUUGUCGGAUACAUUUUAGGACAGAUUCCUUCCAACAUGUUCCUUACGCGAACCCGACCCAGUCGUUACAUGGGAAUCAUGAUGAUGCUGUGGGCCGUCGUCAGUGCCCUGACUGCUGUUUCCAAAGACUUCACCGGCCUCCUCUUGACACGAUUCUUCUUGGGAGUGACCGAGGCCCCAUACUACCCCGGCGCAGUAUACCUCCUCUCCUUGUUUUACACUCGUAAGGAGGUCGCUACACGUAUCGCGAUCUUGUACACAGGAAAUAUCCUUGCGACGGCCUUCGCUGGAUUGAUUGCCGCAGGUAUCUUCUAUGGUAUGGAUGGUGCUGGAGGUCUUGCGGGAUGGAAGUGGCUUUUCAUCCUGCAAGGUGCUGUCACCUUCGUCAUCGCCGUCGUCGGCUACUUCCUCCUGCCCGACUUCCCGCAGAACACGAGAUGGUUGACCCAGGAGGAGCGCGACCUCGCAUACAACCGCAUGGAGCUGGACACCGUCGCCAACAAGGGCGAGACAAGUACCUGGAAUGGUCUCAAGCAGGCCGCGAAGGACCCCAUGGUCUGGAUCUUUUGCGCCAUGGCUCACAUGCAUCUUGCUGCCAACGGGUUCAAGAACUUUUUCCCUACGGUCGUCCAGACUCUGGGCCUCGGCACUACUGUGACUCUUGUCCUCACCUGCCCGCCCUACCUCAUUGCUGGCGCUGUCACCAUCGCCGUUUCCUGGUCGUCGGGCAAGUUCAACGAGCGCACAUGGCAUAUCACCAUUUCCAAGGCUGUUGCAAUCAUCGGGUUCGCUAUCGCGCCCGCUACGAUGUCAAUGGCUGGUCGUUAUGUUGCCAUGUGCAUUUUCACUAUUGGUACCUACGGUGUCAACUCCUUGAUUCUCGGCUGGUGCGGUAGUGUCUGUGGCCAGACAAAGGAAAAGAAGGCCGUCGCGAUCUCCAUGGUCACCAUGAUCAUGAAUAUCAGCUUCAUCUGGACGCCGUACCUCUGGCCCAAGAGCGAUGAGCCCCGCUACGUCAUCGCCAUGGCGAGCAGUGCGGCCUUCAGUGCGGCAACUGCCAUGUUGGCUUGGGUCGCCAGGGUCAUUAUGAUGCGUCGCAACAGGAAGCUGAGGGCUAGCAACGAUGAGACGACUGUCUUCUAUGUGUACUGA